AUUUUGUAGUAGAAUGUAGAUUAUACAACAAAGAGAGUUGAAUUUUACAGACUGGUAGAACUUCAUCCACCUGAGUAGAAGUACAGACAAAUGAAUUUAGACAAACCUUUGAUUUUAAUCUAAAACAUAUCUGUUCCUACAUUUUCAGUUUCACAAGGAAGUGAGAAGAAGUCUAACUCACAAUAAUAUGAUCCUUGUGUUGGUUGACUUUAUAAAUAUCCCAUGUAGCUAUUUUGUCGACCUGUGCUAACCUAGUGGAUAUAUAUGUAUGGACAGCUAUCUGUCUUCAGAAAGAUAUCUUCAUUCUACCUAAUGUUGGAGCAGAUCAACAGCAUUAUAUAAACCAUUGCCAUUUCUUACCAAUAACCUUUGGCAUGAAAAGUUAACACGUAAACACUUCCCCAUGUCUCAGAUUAUUGAUAGUUUCUAUCUCAUGGAGAGUUGAUAUUAUAUGUAUCUCUGACUGGAAGGUAAAAAGAAAUUUUCCCUUGUACUAUUUAGCAUUUCCUUGCUAAACUGAAGGUGAUUUUUUUCCAGUUUGUUGCAGUCUAUGGGGACUCCCAGUUGCGUCCCGUUGUGGAAGGGUGUGUGUCACCACCAAAGAGCAGACGGCUGCUUUUUGGCUACAACAGCACGCCAGGGGGAUGUCUCAGACAUGUUCGGCAGGAGAUGAAAGACAGUGCGCCUCCACAUCAGCCAGCCAUAGUUGUGAUCAUCGCCGGGACAAACAAUCUCCACAGCACAACAACUCUUCAGGAAGACUUGGAAGAGUUUGCUCACAUCCUUCGAACAGCCAAAGCACAAUUCCCCAUGAGCAAGGUUGCAGCUGUUGGCAUCAUGCCACGGUUGGACCAGGAGGUUGAUCACUACAACCAGCAGUUCAGGGGCAUUUGUGAUGUGGAGGAGGUCAACUUUUUUGACUACACCACAGAGUUUCCACAAACACAGCUCAGGUUGUGGAGCCGCCACGACAGCCUGCACCUCAGUGAGGAUGCAGGCCUCCCACGCCUCCUACGGCUGCUAGAGAGAAGCUGUUCCAGCCUCCUCACCAGCCUGCCUGUGAGUCCCAUCCAGAGACUGCAUCGAGUGAGCAACAGCGAGACUGAGACUCCUUUUGUAGGAGCAAAAGGACAUGCUUAUUGCUUGGAUCCAAGACAUGCUGGACUGUACAAGGCAAAGCUUUGGAAGAAGAGUGCACCUGCAGCAAGCAGCUGCAAGCAGCACACAAGGCGGUUGACAAGAAAAAGGAGCAAAACAAAAAGAAAGGUACGUCAUACUUUAAAUGUUAUCGCUACUAGAUCUUUAGAUGCACUGUCAUCCACAAAUUGCAUUGUGAAAUUUUCUAUAUGAACAAGUAAAUCAAACUGUUCAAGCAAUGUUGC